CAUCUCCUCCUCUGGCCACAUGAAAAUGGCCACGCAAUUGCAUUCCCGCACAUCCACCAAACAGCCCCUGUGCGCCGUCAGCCUGUUCCCAAGUGCGCACGCACCCACACACACGCGGACGCGCACAGAUAGCUGCAGCCUUUCAGCCGUCUCCGCGACAGCCUGCAUGCACACGAGAGCCGCGACGAAACAUUAGAACUGGCGGGAGCGACGCAACUUUCCACAAGAGAGGAGUGCAAAAUGAGAUCCAGAGAGGGUAACCAGUCCGCCACCUAGCUGCAGAGACGCGCCGACGGAGAGCCGUCGACGGAUGAUUGUGAAAACACCCGCGCCAAUGUUGUUGCAGAGUGCUCUCCGAUGGGACUGAAACUCGGUUUUCGGAGGUGUUUUAACCUCCGCCAGCCUCUUUUAUGUAAUCCGAGCAACAUCUAAUGCAUCAAAGACGGCGGAUUACGACUGGAGCGACGGCGGAGAGCAGCAACCACCUCCAGCCCGUAUAACGCAGUUGGUUCUGGGACGCGCUCUCGGUUUUACAUUUACUCAGCUGAAGCCUCAAGGAGCCGAGAACAGUCUUCUGCUGCUGGAUGAAGGCGCUCAGCUUCACUAGGACACUUAAAGGAUCUGUCAUUGAAUCUUUUUUGAUCUUCGUCUGGUUUCUCGUCUUCGGUUUUCACCUCACUGCCGCAUUCAUUUAGAAGUGUUAGAGUGGGAACUGCAAAGCAGUCUACUUCUCCCUCUUGACUUCUCUGAUGGACCAGAGAGUGAAGGGGGGAACCCCUCCAGCCACUGCCCCCACUUUGGACCCUGCUUCUGCACCUGAAGGCUCUAAGCAGGACCUCGUGGCCAAGAAAAACAGAACUGAAGGAGAGAAUGGCAGUGCGGGGAAAAAGGAAGAGGAGAGACAAGGAUCGGGAAGGAAGAAGGAAGGGGAAAAGGGGGAUGUGCUGGAGCUGCUCAUCGAAGGACGCUGUGGAAGCGCAGGGCAGCAGGAGCUUCAGGCGUCUGGCAGGGAGACCAGCUCAACGGACGGGAAAGUUCGAAACGGACUCCAAGCCAAGCGCACCAAAAAACCUCCCAAGAUCCUGGAGAGCUAUGUGUGCAAGCCCACCAUCAGGACCUAUCAGAGACAGAGCAGGGGGGGACUGCUGAGAGGGGAUGCAGAGGGAGGAGCAGGUCAGCAGAGUAAAAGCAGCUGCACUACUGGCGAUGCAAACAGAGACUUGGACGCAGUCCAGGCCACAUCCAAAAAAACAGCAUCUGCUGCUCCACCGCCUCCUACAUCCUCAUCAUCGGCCUCACACCCACCCUCAUCAACAUUUAGUAAAGACUCCGUCUCAGCCUCAGUCCCUGCCGUAACCUGUCAAGGGUCCAGGACAGCCAAGCAGGUUCCCAACAAACUGGCUGAUAAGACAGAAGAGAGUUCAAAUGUCUCAAUAAAGAAAGAUUCACUCCCAAGUGUCAACGGCCAACCAGCCCCUGCAGGAGCCAAACCUUUUUCUCCUGCAACAGACCAGGCGGCCCCAUCCACUCCGUCCACAGCUCGCAUCCAGGCAGUUCCCGUACUGGAAACCAGGAACGAUGGGAGUUGCUCAAAGAACCCUAAUGGUUUGGUUCCUACAGCAAAACAGAAAAGAAUGUUAAUUGAGAAAAGCUCUGCAAACACCCUUAGCCCUCCCGCCUUGUCAAAAAACAAAGCAGGGAAACACGGCAGUUCCUCCACGGACUCUUCAACCAGUCCUUCAAUCUCGCAAAAGGAGCUUUUUAGUGAGAGUAGAACAGGCUCUCCCAGCCACCAGCCCGUCAUCUCCAAAUUACAAACAUCCUCCACUACGGAGAUCUCGCCUGCUCAACCACAAGGUCAGAAUCCCUCUGCUCAGCUUCCACUGAAUGCAGGUAGGGAAAAAGAGAAGAAGGCAAAGAAAGAUCGACAGAAAAGCAAAAAGCUGAAAAGAGAUAGACUGGAGGCUGGCAGAGCAACAAGUGAGAGCAGAAAGGAGGAUGUCAAAAAGAAGAAAAAAGAUAAGAGAAGGGAUGGAAAAUCAAGACACGGUAAGGACAUGGAGGAAAAAAGUAGAGGUGAGGAGUUGUGGGCGGAGGAUCUACAGAUGGUGAAAAGAAAGGCGGAAAAAAUCAGAGAAAACCUGAGUCCAGUCAGACAAAGAACAGAAGAAAACAAUGCAAAAUGCAGUGACACAGCUGGUAAUAGUAAAUUAGAAAGAGGCUGCACAAUGACGAAUCCAGGUCGACAGGAUGAGAGAGAUGAGAUGGACGACUGUUACAAGCCGGCUAAACAAGUUGAGCCUGCACCAGCAGGUGAUGGCAGUAAAUUGAAAGAACAAGACAUUUUGAGGCAUGCGGUUGUGUCCGCUGCCAACUUCACUUCUUCUGCUCCUCCCCCUCUGCCCAUGCCCACUGUCCACGCUCCCAUCUCUCCCCCUUUCUCCUCCCAAGGGCAGGAUAGUCGUCCGCUCAAGAAACGCAAAGCGAGAAGGCCGAGUUGGACCAAGAUGGUGCAUCGAGCGCAGAGAGCGGAAAAUCAGGAAGCCCUUUCUGAUUCCCUCCAUAAUUCUUCAGUAACUUUCCCUCAGGUUACCAAGACUUCCCUUCCUUCCAAACCUUCUACUCAGCAGAGUGAUGAGUCACAUACAACCCCCUCUAGCUCCCUGUCCAGCAGCUCCUCCCCUCUGUCCUAUGCCGUCACGAAGCUGACUUCAGAUCUGAGCCUCUCUGCUUCCAGAUUUACCCUAAACGCCAUCCGAAAAAGGGGUCGCCCAAAAUCCCACAGCUCUAGCGUUGAUAAAUCUCCCCCUCGACUUCUGCCGAACAACAUCCUGACUGAUGUGCCUCUCUUCGGGUGUGACGAAGUUCAAAAAGCCCCCGUGCUGGAGCCAAGUCCGGCACUGCAGCGUGCAGAUCUGUCUAAAUCCAGCCCCAAGAAGCGUGGCCGCCCCCCCAAACGAUCUCUUUCCGAAGACCAGAGCGAAGACGCGCUGAAUCACGCUGACGGGAGCAGCCACUUUCAUCAUCCUGAACUGGGGAGCCGGCAGCUGAAGAUCAGGAAACUGAUUAAUGAGAUGAAGAAAAGAAAAAAAAGGAUAUUUCACCAAGCAAUGCUGGCUGGAUAUGUGGGAAAAGAGAGCAGGGCACACGAGGCAGCAGACGGGAAGACCUCCCUGAGAACGAGUAAAUCGAUUGAGGCUAGAACAGUGAAUACUCUCUCAGCCUUGUCCUCCUCCUUUGGGAGCAGGGUGGGCCCUCAGAUCAAUGUGAGCAAAAGAGGAACCAUAUACAUGGGAAAGAGGCGAGGACGAAAGCCCAAAUCCCAAACAGUUGGUCUAAAUUCUCGGUCCCAGAACGCCAGUCAGCCUUCUCUGUUUUCCAAUCCCCCUGAGAGCUCAUUCUUCUCCUCCAACCAGCUGCAGUCGGCUCCUUCUCACCCCUUUCCUUCCCCGUCUCUUACUCACUCCAGUGGAGCCCAAAGUCCGUACAGUGAAGGCAGCCUCACAGAACCAACAUCCUCUUUCCUGUUUUCUCAUCCUUUCUCUCUUCCAUCUCCAUCCUCCUCCUGCGCAUCUUCCCGGCCUCCCUCCUCCUCGUCUCUGUCUCCCUUUGUGAAGAAGAGUUGUCCAUGUCAGGGAAGGCAUCACUUUCCCUUUCACCAGUCUUCAUGUAAGCUCUCCAGCGCUACCCUGCCCUCACAUCACACCCCUGCUUCACCCGGCCAGCUGAAAGAAGCCACCCCUUCACCCCGGAGCGAGUCACACAGCGAUGAGACGCUCCCCAGUGACAGCGGCAUCGGGACGGAUAACAACAGCAUUUCUGAGCGGGGGGAGAUGACAGGAACUCGAGGAAUGCUGAGGUUGGGUCAGGGUGCAGGGGUGAUCCUAGGCAGUCAAAGGCUCUCCUCGUCGCUCAUGGACCGCCCCUUUCAGAUCUCAAACUCCUCCUCACACCUAAACAGACAUGCAAACCCCAUCAGUAGCUCAAAGGCAGCGGAGCAGCACAGAGACAGACACCGGCACAGGCGCAGGGAUUACAACUGCCCCUCCUCCUGCACUUGCAUGCACCCUUGCCCCUGCCCAGGUCACAACAAGUGCACUCACUCAAAUUACUACCGUUGCCUUGGUCACAAUGCACUGAAGAGACAGAAGAGUAAACACAAGAAGAAGCAGCUGCAUAUGCAGGAUCCAGAGUUUCUGGCUGAAUUAGACGAUGUUAUCGCUCAACUCAGCGAGGUCCAUAUUGGACGACGAAGCUGGGCGAGGACGAGUGCGGGGCAGGGUUUUGACGGUGCAGCAGGAAGACGCCAUCAUUCAUCCACGCACUCCCCUCGCUCCAACAUCUUCAGAAUCAAUCUUAACGGCUUCUACUCACCUCAUCCUUCAUCGUUUUCCGCUGUACCACCCUUCACUCCUCAGCCGUUCUUCCCCUGCCACUGUAGCAGGAAGCCAGACCGCAGGCAGUGUGGGUGUCCACCCAAGUUCCCGGAAACCGUGGAGAACAUGGGAUUUUACAGCCCCUAUCCUACAGCAGCACCAGCACUCUACCACCACCUCCCCGGCACCUACCCCCUCCCACCUCCUCACCAGUACCAGCCCCAUCAUGCCCACUUCCUUCUUAACCCGGCCAGAUUCCACAGGCGGAGGAGUAGGUUCUUGAAGGAGGGAGUUUUAGGAGGAGAUGUGGAGGGAGAUUUAGGGGAGAGAAGUUCAGGAGGUGGUGUAAGGUUCACGUCCAGCCUCUCUUACGGCUGUGGAAGGAGUGAACACAAACACAAACAGCAUCACAGGCACUGCGAGCGAGAUGUGGAUGAAGAAGAGGAGUUACAGGAGGAUGAGGAGGAUGAUCGAAUGGGCAGAAGGAGGCGGAGUAAUUCAAAGGCUCGAUCAAGGCUCUCUUUGGGUCAAAGAGAGGCAGGCAGCAAAGGCGUAAGAGGGUCUGGGAGCAUGCUGUCUUUGCAAACACCUUGGCUGCACCAGAAUGGAAGUGAUUCCUUCUCUUCAGCUGCCUUACCUUCAUCCUCAUCUGCAGCAGAGAGGUACAAACACACAUCCCUCACCUCACUGGGGUUGGGCUCUUCCCACCUUUCUUCAUUCGGAGGAGGCUGGGGCGGCUUGGGUCAGAGCUGGACCAAAUUCCGGAGUCUGGCUACUCCAGGAUUUGGAAACUCAACUUCGAGCUGGGCAGGUUUGGCUGAGAAAAGCGCCGACAGGCUGAUUGUCUCAGACGAAGAGGAUGAAGAUGUAGACGAUUUUAACGAGUCCGAGUUUUACGGGACAUCCUCAUCCCCAACACACACCAACUUGUUCACCUCUGCUGCCAUGGCAACAGGGCUGAGGGGUGUGAGGAGCGGGUUCGGCAGUAGGAACCCAGGCGCUGACGAAAGGUCAGGCAGAAGAGACGAGCCAGCGUGGACAGAGAGAAGAGACGCAGGUUUACAAGGUGACUCGAGAAGCCGGGUGCAGCAGAAAAGUGUGCCAACUCCAGACUGCGCAGCAGGGAAAAACAAAAGACGGCCAGGGCGGCCCAGGAAGCACCCGCUGCCCUCGGCCACCUCCUCCCCCACCCACUCCUCUGCAACUCCAUCCAUGUCACCAUCUGACCACUUGCCAGCUUUCAUCCACAACAGAGAUGAGAGGGAAGUGGGAGGGAAGAAUGCAGAAACUGUGUCAGAGAGAGGUGGAGGACACACAAAACAGCAGGUGACCGAACAGCUGGAGAUGCUCGAAAGGGGGAAGAAAGGGCGCAAGAGAAAACAUGGUGACUCUCCCUGUCAUCAGAGUGUUGACUCGGAUAAACCCGAGUGUGACACCCUCCCUGACUGUCUUCUCCAACCAGAUGUCAACCAGGCUCCGUUCCAACCAGAAAGCCCCCAAAGACAGGAUACAACUGACGGUCCUCCCAGGAAGACCUUUCUGAGGGCGGGGCUUUACUCUGACGAUUACAAAACUACAGAUCCCUCCUCUCAAGCUCUGAAGCUCUGCAGUGACAGUCUGGAGUACACACCAGGGGAGCAUGAGUACACCCUUUUGCCGGCUCCCAUUCAUGUCGGAAAGUACCUGAGACUGAAGAGGAUCCACUUCCAGUUGCCCUAUGAUGUGAUGUGGCUGUGGGAACACAACCAGCUUUACCGGCAACCUGCUGUUCCUCUAAAGAGAAAGCGUCGUUAUUGCCGCAUGAAAGAGCGAACGUCAUCCUCCCAACAGAGAGAGCAGGUAGAGAACUCCAGGGACUUAACCAGCUUGUUUCCUCACCUGGACAUGGAGCCACUGACCAGCGGUGAGAGGAGCUUUGUCAUAAAACAUCACGUAUUCCUCGUGAGGAACUGGGAGCUUGUCAGGGACCGACAGAUCCGAAUGAGGAUAGAAAGGGAGCGAGAACGAGACGAUGAAGAAGAAGAGGAGGGUGACUCACAACAUCUGUCUUGGGAUGGAGCCAGUGGGGACGACAGCCACAUCAAGUCAGAUCAGUCAGUGGGGGUGGAGGUGACAGUUAUCAGCAGUGACCCCAACCGCCAAAGACAGAGCACCUCCAGCUCAAUCACUGCCAGCUGCUGCCCCACCAAAACCCAGAGCAGACAAGAAGAGGAGGGAGAGGAAAUACAAGGAGGCAAAGGAGAGGCCUACAGCAGAGAACGGAGGAGGAGACGGCUGAAUGAUUUACUUUUGACCCUGCAGCAUUUAUGAGCUAACAGAGAGGGGUGGAACCACUCCGAGAAAGGGACCAGGCCCAUCUCUUGAUGGUUGGACAAGAACUGAUCUCACUCCACCGUUAGUAAAAGUAGUAGUACCCCAGAGAACCAAUGCAAGGAGCCAACGGAGUACAAAUUGCAGCAGCUGAGAAUGCAAGAAAGAAAUCUUGCAUGUCGAUAAAUGAAUGAGUUAAACCCUGAGCUCUGAAGGGCAUCACACCAAGGAUGAAACCAUGGCAACGCAUCUUCUGUCCAAGCAGCACGAGAUGAGACACACAGAGCGACUGUCCCGGAUGAGAGAAAACAGACCAGCUGAAAUGAAUUUGCACUAGUGCUGAAUGAACAAGCACACUAAAGACUAUACAUGUAUGCGGAGUGGACACACUAUAAACACACAUACACAUUGAAUGCUCUUACUUUGGCACCUUAAGCAGAUUGGGAAAAUACAUAUUGGACAGGAGGGGAAAGUUGUAUGUGUCUGGUACUCAGCAUUUUGGCUCCGAAGUUUCCAAGAGAUGAGGAGCUCCCAAACUGCCGGCAAGGAAAUGUGGCCGGGGCCCUAAAUAGGUCAAAACUGAACCAUCAUUUACAAGCUAAGCUUUCAAAGUCACAGUGCACCUUUGGGAAAACAGCACGAGGAAAUGUGAGCCAGUUUAAAUCUGUUGGGACGGUGAAGGAUUGCUUCACUUUAACUAGACAGUGUCUGACAUGUACCAGCAAAUAGGCAGGGGGUGGGGCGGGCUUAGCAAUAGGAAUUUUGGCAUUGCUGCAAGAGAAUUUCUGAUGUUUUAAGAAAAAGGUUAUUUUUUUGAAAAGCAAAAACAAAACAAACAAAAAAAAGUGACAGCUUUUGAGAUGAACUGAAUAUAUUUGUGAUAGGAAUGUUUGUUGUUAACUCUUUUCAGUAUUUGCUUCCAAGGCACGGGAGGUGUUAAAUAAAAAAAAAGUGGUUUUGUUUACUUCAGUAUGCCUUUGAGAAUGUCCACUCUUUGCUCCAGAGCAUUGACAAUCAGAUUGUCGUCGGAGAGGGAAAGCAGAGAGGAAAGGGAAUGAAAAACUAGAACGGAUGCACCCCAAUUGCUCUUCAGAAGUGCCAUGAUGUCUUUGUGUGCGUACCUAACUCAUGCAGUCUUUAAAAGCAAUAUCUCCUCUGAUAAGGACUAUAUACAAACUUAUAUCUUCUUUUUAUUUGUUUGCUUACUUUUUUGUAAAGAUUGGAGGUGUUUUUCUGUAAAAAUGCCUAACAGGUUAUUGUCGUUUUAGGAGCAUCAAGCAAAUCCGUUCAGUGGAAGUAAGCCUUCAGUUUGUCGGGAAUGUACAGUACUUACACAAACCGUUUUUUCCUUCCGUUGGGAGUAGCUUGUAAAAUUACUAAUGUACAAGAUAAUACUAUAUGGCUCAAACAUUAAAGCUAAUAAUCAAGUCUCGCAUUUUACUGACACGUUUUUAACAAGCUGACCAAUAUAUCAGAUUUUUCCUAACAUAGACAAUGAUUGUAUUUGAUUUCUUUCUUUUGUAAAGUGACAUAUUUAUCGCUCUUUCUUUUUCUUAGCUAAAAAUACUAUGGUUUCAGUCAAACAAUGAAUUCGUUUUUUUCAAGUGUUACGUUUCUGCUGUCUGUCAGUAGUGUGGCUUCUACUACAAAGCCAAGAAAGUGCAAUUUCUUUGACUGUUUACAUAUUGUAUAUGUUUUUCCUCUUUCCUUUUAAUUUUGUUUUUAAACUAAAAGCACUACGUUAUUGCCAGUGGAGGAUUAACUUUACAGAAAAGGUACACAUAAAAGAGUUAUUUAUCUAGUUUGCAUGACAUGUAACCUUUUUUCUUGUUGCCUCUGAUGUUGUGCAUUUGAGAAAACAUCCCAAAAACAACAAAAAAAAAAGUGUAAGGUCAUCAUCGCCAUAGAAUGUCAGCUCAAACAUUUUGCUUAUAUAUCCAUAACAAUAAAAGCAUUUUAUGUCUACUA